UUUCGCUUGUAUUUCCCACCAGUUGAAUAUCAUUGAAGAAAGCGUGCCCUAAGCGUGUAGACCUCAUCUCAGCUAAAAGCUGUCGACUUCCGAAUUUUUCUGCAAAGCGCAAUUUCUAAACAAAGCAUACACGUACAUAUGUAUGUAUGCGCAUAUGAAAGAAAUCGUUGAACUCAAAAACGACAAGAUUUUGUGUGAGAAGAGCACAGAUGAAGUGCAGCAUUUCACAUCUCGUCUUAGUUAAUAUUGGAUUUUUUUUAUUUCGUCACACAACACAACGUGCGAUUUGUGAAAACUCUGCUGGCCAACAAAUUGCGCGACUGGAAAAGGUCAAGUGAAAUUGGAAGCAAAACUCAGCAUACAUUCAACAUGCCUAAAGUCACAAACGCGACGCGUUCAAGUCAAAAACACAACGCAUACUCCAAUAUACUAAAUAAAUAGAUUUAAGAUUUAAGACAUUUCCAUUUCUUCUUUGGCGAGUAGUUGUGAUUUAUAUAAAGAUGAAUUUACCGGAUGGCAAGCAGUUAGUACGUGAAAGUUCCGGUAACAUUGAAGAGCAGCAGAAUAAACGAAAAAUGGGUUUGCACGCGAAACUGGCGUGGAUUGCACUGUUCUUUUGCCUGGGUUUGAUUGCUUUGGCCCAUUGUGUACCGGUCGAAGUCAUCUAUACGGGUGAGGGCUGUGCUUGCCCAACGAAAUUGGACUUUUCCGUGAAUGUGCCGAAUUUGCCCAAGCCUAGGAAAUACUAUAUGCCCUAUGAUUAUGGUUACAAAGUUGAGGUGCCGCCGCGUCCAGCCAAAGCGAAAGUUUCGUACAGUUUCGAUUUCACCGUCGAAGAGCCACAGCCACCAAAAAAAAGAAGGCCGUGCAGCAACCAGCAUCUUUACGCCAAGAUUGAUCGUGUGGCGGUCAAAAAGGGCGAUUGUGAAGAUAGUUACGCUGCACCAACAGCGCCGUCUAACUGCCGUUGUGGACAAUGUGACAUCACAAAACCGCUAUAUAGGUAUGUAUUUGAUGAUAAUAUGAGCCCACCACCACCACCACUACCAUGCAAAUGCCAAAGACCAAAUUGUAAAUGCAAUCUGAGUCGUGCGGCCUCUACGGCCUCUACGGCAUACUCGCCAAAUGCGAUUUUUAUGCUUAACCAACCAGUUAGUGACUUGAUGUCAGCGCCUAAUUUCUUGGAAACUGGUGGUGAUGAAGGAGAUGAGGCAUAUUAUGUCAAUAGCAACGGCAGUGGCGGUAUGGAGGUUGGCACUGGUAAUAAACGUCGUAAAAGAGAUCUACAACGCACACUCUUCGGGCCACGCAAAUUGGCUAAGGAGCGUCAAGGACGUUUCAUGAAAUUAUAUCACAAGAAUCUGUCGGAUAGACCACAUCGUUUGUUCGACUUGGAGGGCCUCAGCAACAGACAACGUCAGCCACAGCGACAGAGCGAACCGAAGAAGGCGAAACGUAAGGUGCAACGUAAGGCGAAGAAGACACGCUAUACACAUAAACGCUCACGUCUUGUGAGGCGCGAUAUCAAGGGUGAGUACGAACUGCUAGAAAAGGAACGUGAGCAGAUGGAUCUGACUUUGCCUGAAAUCAUACAAUUCAUGCCCGAAACAUUGCAGCCCGAUUUUAAGCGUGGUCAAUGUUAUUUCGGUUGUGGCUCUCAGCAACCCGAUCUACCAGCCAAGUCGACGGAAAGUGACCCCAGCGAAAAUCCCACCUCAACCGAAUACAGCAUCAUUAGCCAUGAAAUCAACACAGACAAUCCGGACGUUACCAUUACCUACACCGACACCAAUAGCAGCAAGGAACGCACCAUCGAUAUGAGCAUGGAUAUUCAGGAUAUGCACACGAAUGGAGAGGCGGCAGCGCUAAACGAAAAUUCAAACAUAAAUAGAGCACCCGUCAAACAACAUGAGAAGGAGCCACGCAACGAAACCAAAGAAACCAAAGAUUCCGCACAACAAAAUUUCAUUACAUCUUCAUAUAAAAAACGGAAUGCAGCCAACUAUUUUAAUGGUAGGUCAACACCAACAACUGACUCAGCUCAAAGCAAAAGAGCUUAUCAUGCACAAACAGCAACUGCACAACCGAUUUUCACUGACCCAAAUUAUAUGCCGCACCAGUCAACAUACACGAAAACUGCUCAAUCAGCAGCGCCAGUGAAGUCUACAGUGACGGCUAAAGUGCCAGCACCACCACAUUACUUUUACGAUCACUUGGGUCGCAAAUAUUCAGAAAACAAUGAUCGCGUGCGUGCUGUGACCACGAUAUCGGUGCCGGAUCCACUGGAUCACAAUGCUACACCGCUGAGUUAUGCUGGAGAUUUGGAAAUACCACCAGCGAGCUAUGCCACUCAUACCCAAUAUGGUGGUGGUGGUGGUGGUGGUAUGCCGCCCUCUGCGCAUGCCGAAAGCUAUCCAGUGCAGCACAUAUCCAACGAACAAUUAGAUAAGAUAAUCUCCGACAUUAUCUUCAGACAUCCAGAAUUUAUUGAUGCCACAAAACACUUUGCCGGCGCAUUGGUCGAUCCGGAACCAUUGCAAGAAAUGGAAACGAUAUCAUUUCUGAAGAAACUCAUCGACGGCCGGUUGAAUUUAUGGUUUGGCCAAGAAGAUGAAUACAAUCCACCACAAUACAGCACCAGUUACAGCGGUGAUCCUCAUGAUUACGGUAUACCACAGUUGCACGACCUCCUGCCGCCGCUGUACUAACCACUAAAGACAGCCCAACAUAAGCUCUCUUUAAUUAUCAAUUUGGUUUAACAAAUUCUUUCGCAUCUUUCGAUGUUAGACUUUAAGCGUAGACUUAGUAGUUGUUAAGAAAUUGUGUGUGAAGCUGCAACUAGUUUUAAUAAAUUGUAAACCGCAAAGUUAUUAUUAUUAUUAUUAA